AUGGAAAAAAGCGCGAAAACCGUGCAUUCCGCGCAGGCCCCGCCCACGUGCGCGCGCGCACUCGAGACAGGUGAAUGCGACGCGCCGCAGCUGCCGCGCCGGACGACACCAUUUGCUGCUCUGUUUCUCUUGACUCCUACCUGGACUGGAAUAUGGUAUAGCAUAUACUGCAUAUUGUCCUUAAGUAUCGUGAUAGUUAAACACAAUGGAAGGCUUGUUGCGCUGCUCACAAACCACUUUCGCGGUAUCCACAUUCAACCAAGUGGUGUAUCAUGUGUGGAUACAUUCUCAACAAAUUCGGUAUUCUCUUAA